GUGUGGUACAUCCGGCGGAAGAAAACAACAAGGUGCUAGCAGCGUUAGCCUUUGUUUGCCGUCGUUUAGAAGAUAUUUCAGUGUCUACAGUAACAAGAACUUCUAAACUGUUGGAGAAAAGCUGGGGAGCCGAACUCCCCCCAGAAACUCACGUUCUUUCUAAUUCCCUCAGACGUCCUCUGAUUCAGCUCUGGUUCUUAUUGGGGAGGAAAGAGGAGCUCCACUGUUGACCCCAAGAUACCAAAUCACAAAAAGAUGAAAGAGGAACAGGAGGAACCCGAGCCACAGCACAUAAGUGAGAGUGAAGAGGAAUCAGAACCUCAACCAAGUAAGGAAGAACAGGGUGAAGUGUGGAUCUUACAAGAUGAAGAGUUGCUUGUAUUGAAGCAGGAGACCAACAGUUCUAUUGUGACUCCUGCUUAUGUGGAAAUACUCCCCAAUGUACCAGAACUGCAGCAGAUGAUGGAUACAAAUGGGGAACCAGUGUCUGGACAGAUAAAAGAGGAGCAGGAGGAACCAGAACCUGUACAAUUUAAGGAGGAACAGGAGGAUCUGUGCAGUUAUGAGCAGCUUGUAGUGAAGGAGGAGACUGACACCUUCAUUAUAACGUUUCCUUCUGAUCAAAACCACAACAGUAACCCAGAACCAAACAAGGACAGACUCCUCUCUGCAAACUCUGCUGAACUACAGAGCCAACAUCAGCAAGGAACAAACCAAGGAGCCUCAAGAUCCAAGAAGGAGCUAAAACCAGAGAAGAGACAUCAGAAAUCCAGAUAUCAUGGAGACAAUGUGGACAAUUUAAAGCUUAAAAGACAUGAAACUAAUUUGUCCUCCUGUGAAUUGUGUGGUAAAUGUUUUAGUCAGCCCAGGUACCUGAGUGCACACAUGGGGACCCACACAGCUGAGAAGCCUUUUUUAUGUCUGACAUGUGGGAAAGGUUUCCGCAGGCAGCCUGAUCUGACUCUGCAUAUGAGGACGCACACGGGUGAGAAGCCGUUUCAAUGUCUGGUUUGUGGGAAGGGUUUUAUCCAGAAAACUACCUUGAGUUAUCACAUGAGAACGCACACAGGUGAGAAGCCAUAUGGCUGUGAAUUUUGUGGUAAAUCUUUCAUACAGAGGAGUGAUUUGACUUGUCACCUUAGGACUCACACAGGUGAGAAACCGUAUCAGUGUGAGCUUUGUAAGAAAUCCUUCAGACACAGUAGUGAUUUUACUCGCCACAGGAGAACCCACACAGGUGGGAAACCUUUCCCAUGUCCAACUUGUGGAAGAGUCUUCAACAAACAAUGUAAGCUGAGCCGUCACCAGAGAACUCACGCAGCUGAGAAGACGUAUCCUUGUGAAUCAUGUGGUAAAUCUUUUAGGCAGAGUUGGGAUUUGGCUCGUCACCUGAGAACUCACACAGGUGAGAAACCGUUUCAUUGUGAGUUGUGUGACAAAUCUUUCAGACAAAGCGGCGAUUUGACUCGUCACAUGAGAACUCACACAGGUGAGAAGCCAUCUUCAUGUAAAGUGUGUGGUAAAAGUUUUAGUGAGUAUAGUAGUAUGGUUCGACAUAUGAGAACCCACACUGGGGAGAAGCCAUAUAUCUGCAAAGUGUGUGGUAAACUGUUCCGAUUCAGCAGCCAUUUAACUGUUCACUUAAGAACCCACACAGGUGAAAAGCCAUGUUCCUGUAAAAUAUGUGGGAAAUCUUUCAGUGACUGUAGUAGUAUGGCCAGACAUAUGAGGACUCACACAGGUGAAAAGACAUUUCCAUGUGAACUGUGUGAUAAAUCUUUCAGGCAGAGCUGGGAUUUGGCUCGUCACCGUAGAACCCACACAGGUGAGAAGCCUUUUCAGUGUCUGGCCUGCGGGAAAGGUUUUGUCCAGAAAACAACCUUGAGUUAUCAUAUGAGAACCCACACAGGUGAGAAGCCUUAUCCUUGUGAUUUAUGUGAUAAAUCUUUCAGACAGAGAAAUGAUUUGACCCGUCACAUAAGAACCCACACUGGUGAGAAACCAUAUCGUUGUGGAUUAUGUGGCACGUCUUUCAGACAGAGCAAUGAGUUCUCUCGUCACAUGAGAACCCACACAGCUGAGGAUCUACGUGGUGUGGUUAAUCAGUCAGAUUAAGUUGUAUAAAGACUAGUUUUUGUUAAUCUCAACAUUGAACUGGCUUUCUGUUUCAAAGACAGUCCUUCUGGGAUUGUCCAAGUACAGCAUAUAUGAUUAUUAAGCUGUUAUGAUGUAUAUUUAGAUGUAAGUCAGAUUAAUUAUCUUUAAAGUAAUGACCUUUCAGCUGCCAGGAUCAAACUCUGAGCUUCUAAACAUAAAUGAGUUUUCUUUUGAUAAUGAAUGCAUGUGAUAGUUGGCCCUGAAGGAGAACACUGGUGCCACACGGUGGCUUGUCAUCAGUGGUGUCCACUGUCUUGCUAAUCCACUAAUAGCAGAAACAUUUUUUAAUUUAGCGGAUUAGUGUCUUCGCCAACUUUGGAGACUGUUAGCAUACCAGUUAUCUUCUGCUGAAGCAGGUUCUGCCAACUUAAGUCAGCUAGUUUGUUCCUUUCUGUCAUGGGCAUGUCUCGAAGAGUCCAUUAGGCACUGGAAGAUUGUUUGGCUGGAAGAUGAAUGGCGUGUUGAGAAGUCUGGAACAGCUGUGGGUGAGGCAGAGUUCACUCAGAGCCCUCCGGACCUAUGGUGGACAGAAGGAUUGUAGGCCUGUUUGUUGACAACAAGCUACCGCUGCAUGGAGUGGACUCCCCCACCUUUAUCGGGCUGAUCAAGAUGCUGCACCCUGGGCCAUACUUGACCCAUACUUGUACUUCAUUUAUAAGUUGACAGAAUCGCUUCAUCUUUAUUUUACCUGCCUCUAACCCAACGACUAGAGACUGGCACCAGCCUUCCUGCAAGAAUAAAUGGGUAUAAGGACUGAUGGGAUGGAUGUUACUUGCUCAUUUUAUUGUGUAUACAAAUGUUUUACUUGGUUAUAGCUCCAGUAAUCAUUUUUAUGUAUCUUCUUGACCAGAAUGUCACACUUUCUUCUAAAAUGUGUGUUCAAUUAUUUUACCUCGCCAUAAUUCAUUCUCACUUGUAAUAAAAACCAUGACAUCAUA